AUGAUUAGAAGAUUCUAUAUCGCAACCAGGAACAUUAAUCUUCUAUCCUCUCUUCAUGAUUCUUUAAACCAUAUUAACAAUGUUCAUUUAUCAAAAUUGAUAAAUUUACAUGAAAAGAAUGGGUUCAGUCCCAGCUUAUCCAGAAAUUUAAUUUACUAUUUAUCUCAAAGUACUCAUGAACUCAGGCUAAAUGAACUAAAUUCCCUUGUAAAGGGGAUGCUAUAUACUAAAUAUAAAACGGAAUCCAAUUUCUUUGAUAGAAUUUUGUCAAUUUUGUCCAAAAAUUACCAAGAAGAUCCUUUUCUAUCAGUGGAUACAUUUUAUUAUCUACUCCUCCUAAAUCAUAAAGAUAAAAUUUCAACAUUUGGAUGUGUAGACUUUCUUGAUAAUUUUAGGUUAUCUGCUGAUGUUUAUGUUCAGUUAAAACUUAUAAAUGUAUUUUAUGCUAUAGAAUUUUACCACUCGUAUCUUCAAGAGCAUUUCACUACUGAAAUUGAAAACUUUGUAAAAUAUUUAAAGCUAAUUUCACCUAAACUUAAGUUAAAAUGUGGAAUAAAAGAAGAAUCGAAGGAAAUUACUCAAGUUAAAUCGAUAAUGGAUAGUUUAAACGUAGAAUAUUUUUCAGGAAUAACAGGUAUUAAAUCUUAG